AUGGAUUUCAACACAACAGUUAAUGCUGAUUAUCAAUGGCCAUUUCCGAAGCCUAUAGUUGGAAAACCCUGUGAGCCACCUAAACCAGAAGCAGCACCUACAACUAGACCAGCACCUGUGGCUCCAUACUGCCACUGCGAUGCACAUUCAUACUCGCCACGCGUUGAACAAUAUAAACAACUACUCGACAAGGAACAGAAACUAUGUCAAGAUUACGAACAGUUGAGGAAACAGAUGGUAGAUGUCACAAAUGACAUAUUGGAUCACCCCUGUGACGAUCUUGACACUAAAAUGACCACCAUGUAUCAGGCUACCUAUAAGAAAAGAUCCUUCCCAGUAUCGGACUAUGAAAAAAUCAUAGCCGCAUCUCAAUCAAGCGCACCCAUACCAAUCGAGAGCAAUCGUCUCGGAGUAUUACGUUGUUACAAGGACCCCACUCACUUCACUGACAACCCCCCGACUGUACGACCAACAAUAAACCCCCCGGGGCCCGUUCAUACCGGUGUUGCUCCCAUAUCCGUACAAAGCUGGUUCACGGACUUUCCAGGGAGGUCCGAAUACAUGGACACGUACAGUGCUUCAGCAAAAGCCUGCUGGAGGUCCAUGCAACGGUUUAAGGAACCUCUACCCUCGACAAGACGUAGGGCGGACGAUACAUGCGUUUAA